CAAAAUCCACACCAACAAGAAUGCACAUGAGAGGACAAUUGACCUUUCCCACUUACAAAUUCCUCCUCACACUUCCUUAUUGGAUUCUCUUUUUAUAUCAAAUCGAAAAUAAAACAUCAUUAUGCAGAGGACUGAGAGCUAAGCUAAUCAAUCGAACAGAUACAGAAGCUCUAAGCACCACUCUUCCUUGAAGCCAUGAAGUUUGGGAAAGAGUUCAGGACCCACUUGGAGGAGACCCUCCCAGAGUGGAGAGACAAGUUCCUCUGUUACAAGCUUCUGAAGAAGCUCCUCAAGCGCUUACCCGCCGCCACCGCCAUCGCUGCCGUCGAUUCUCUCCCUUCCCAUCUCAACUUUCGGCAACAGCCAUCAGAUGCCGACGCUGCGGCCGCUGGUGAUGGUGGCCGCGGCUUCCGUCCUUUUGCUGGACUCCAGAAUUGGUUCGUUGGGAUUCUCAACGAGGAGCUUGAGAAGUUGAACGAUUUCUACGUUGAUAAGGAGGAAGAUUUCGUCAUUCGUUUCCAGGAGCUGAAAGGAAGAAUCGAGCAAGUUAAGGAAAAGAGCAGCAGGGGUGGAGCUUUUACAUCAGAGAGUUCAUUCAGUGAAGAAAUGAUGGACAUUCGUAAGGACUUCGUCACCAUUCAUGGGGAGAUGGUGCUUCUCACAAAUUAUAGCUCGUUGAAUUUUGCAGGGAUCGUCAAAAUUCUAAAGAAGUAUGAUAAAAGAACCGGAGGAUUGUUGCGUCUACCUUUCACACAACUUGCCCUUCGCCAGCCUUUCUUUAUAACAGAACCUCUCACAAGACUAGUCCGUGAAUGCGAGGCAAAUCUGGAGCUCCUCUUCCCGUUGGAAGCAGAAGUCAUUGAAGCUACCCCACCCCCACCAGAUGAAACUACCCCACCCACACCAGAUGAAACUUCCCCAGACAGAGGUCAUUCAAACCCCGAAUUCAAUAAUUCGGCAAAUAUUGCAUCUGAGACACCUUCAAACCAGGAGGCAAACAUGGAUAUUUACCGUGGAACCCUUGCUGCAAUGAGGGCCAUUCGAGGCCUUCGGAAGGCAAGCUCCACUUCCAAUCCAUGGUCGCUUUCAAAUCACUAUAGAAGCCAGGAUGAUGAGGGCACUGGUGCUGUUACAGCUGAGAACUCUACUUCAAAUUCUGCAGCAAGCUUGCACAGCGAAGAGGAGACUGAUCAAGAGGAUGACCUGUCUACAUAGUAGUGUUCAUCUUAUUGGCUUCUGUCAUACAUUCUUCUUUUCACUCGUAAUAAUUGGAAAACAGGCUCUGAAUUGGAAACUCAGUACCAUCUUAGCCAUAGGAGAAACUUAUCAUAGUUUUAGCUUGAAACGUUUCCUAUUAGAGGAUUUCAUUAUUGGGUGUGUUUAUAUUGUAAAGUCUCAAUAUAAUAACUAUCUUGCUCGAUAGUUUAUAGAAAAACAGGUUACUGUGUUGCUCA